AGGGCAUUCCACUACAGUUAAGGUAGUGUAAAGUGAAGGAGAGAAUCAGACACUAAGGAGGAGACUGGGAAGCAGAUGAGGGGAGGUGGGUUUUUGAGAGGUUUUUGAAAAUGUGAAGAAGUGUGCUUAACACACCCACUCAGCCCCAGGGAAGGGAAGGACUGCCUCCAAAACUUUUUAACUUCCCAGAGAUCGUUACUCCUAUUUAAUCCUGUGCUUUCCCCCUGCUUUCGAUUUAAGAUUUAACACAUAAUUACGAAGCAGCAUUCUGCUUUUAAAGGGUUGUGAGCUUGUGAGAUUCAUUUCCUGGCCUGCUGUCCACUGUCGGGCAACAGGGAAGUGACAGGCCUCAGCUCCUCCCUCAGAGAGGAAGCACUCUCUCCAGUUCAGAUUUCAUCCUGACCCUGUCUCCUCACAAGGCAGUGGUGCCUCCUUCCUCUUGCUCUCUGCUCUCGGCUAACAUGGCUCUUUGGCUCUUCUGCCCCAUCUUCCUCGCUCUUACCUCAACCAGAGGGAGCGGGGCUGAACUGUGGGCAGGCAGAUCCCCACUGGAGCCCUACGACCGCCUGUUCAGCACAGCGGUGGAGGCCUACUACCGUAACGACUGGCAAGGGGUGAUCAUCAACAUGGAGCGGGCGCUCCAAAACAAGGUGGCCCUGCGGCAGGUAAAGGUCCAUUGUCGGCUUGAGUGCAACGAGAAGACCAAGUUCAGCAUCUCCAACAGCAGCCAGGACUUCUUCGACGUGAACUUCUUCAACACGGUGCUGAAGAAGGCCGACUGCCUGAAGGAGUGCGAGGAGCAGAAACUGGGACCCUACUCCAUGUACCAGAUCUCUGAGGAGCUGCAGCUCGAGUUCCAGAAGAGGACCCCCUAUAACUACUUGCAAGUGGCAUACUUCAAGAUUAAGAUGUUGGACAAGGCAGUGGCUGCAGCUCACACCUUCUAUGUGGUGAACCCAGAUCACCUGGAGAUGCGUCAAAAUCUGGAGUAUUACAAGAUGAUGGCUGGUGUGAAGGAUGACGAUUUUAAGGACCUGGAAGCCAAACCCCACAUGGAAGCUUUCCGCAAAGGAGUUCGGCUUUACACAGACGAGCAGUUUAAGCAUUCAAUCAGUUUUUUAGAAAAUGCAUUGGUGGAGUACUUCAAAGCGGAUGCUGAGUGUCGAGCACUUUGUGAGGGCCCAUACAACUUUGAUGGGUAUAAUUACAUGGAUUACAAUGCGGACCUCUACCAAGCGAUAACAGAUCACUAUAUUCAGGUACUGAACUGCAAACAGAACUGUGUGACAGAGCUGGCCACUCGACCUGACAGAGAAGCACCUAUUGAAGACUUCCUCCCCACCCAUUUUGACUACCUUCAGUUUGCUUAUUACAACUCUGAGAAUUACUCCCAGGCCAUCGAAUGUACCAAGACCUACCUGCUUUUCUAUCCGAAUGAUGAAGUAAUGAACCAGAACCUGCAGUAUUACCAGGCAGUGCUGGGAGAAGAGUUGUCCAGACAUCUCACACACAGGGAGUAUAUUCAGACAUACAUCAACAACUCACUGUUGGAGAAAGAGCUGCUGUACUUUGCCAAUGAAGUCUUUGGAGUCACUUUUAUCGACCCGGACAAGUGGACUCCAGAGAAUGUGAUACCGGUUAAACUCAAAGAGAAGCAAAAGGCUGAACGGGAAACUGCUGCCCGGAUCUCCGAAGAAAUUGGAAACUUGAUGAAAGAGAUUGAGAACUUGGUGGAUGAGAAAACCAGGGAAUCAUCCGAGAUUGUGAAGAUGGUGAGAGAGGGGGGUCCAUUGCUGUACGACAAUGUCCAGGUCGUAAUGAAUGCAAGGCUGUUGAACGGAACACAGCGGGUGUUGCUCGAUGGUGUGAUCACAGACAAAGAAUGCGAGGAAAUGCGCUACCUCUCCAAUGCUGCUGCUUCGAUGGGUGAUGGUUACUAUGGGAAGCCCUCUCCUCACACACCCAAUGAGCGAUUCCAGGGAGUGACAGUACUCAAAGCAUUAAAGCUCAGUCAGCAGGGUAGGAUCCCGCUUAAAACAUCCAAGCUGUUUUACGAUAUCAGUGAGAAAGUUCGAAGGAUCAUCGAGUCUUACUUCCGGUUGGAAAACCCACUCUACUUUGCCUACUCACAUCUUGUCUGUCGGACUGCAGUGGAAGGAACACAGGAGAACAGGGAGGACCUGAGCCACUCCAUUCAUGUGGACAACUGCAUUUUAAACUCAGAAGCUCUGGAGUGUCGAAAGGAGCACCCAGCUUACACCGAGCGAGAUUACAGUGCGAUCCUUUAUUUGAACCAUGAUUUUGAAGGCGGGAAUUUCAUAUUCACGGAAAUUGAUGCUAAAGUUAUUACAGCAACGGUGAAACCAAAGUGUGGCCGUGUGGUGGGCUUCUCCUCGGGGGCAGAGAACCCCCACGGAGUCCAGGCCGUGACCAAAGGGCAGAGGUGUGGAGUGGCACUCUGGUUCACUCUGGAUCCCCGGCACAAGGAACGGGAGAGGAUCGAGGCAGAUGAGCUGGUGAAGAUGUUGUUUGGGAUGGAGGAGGAGCUGAGGCUGGAUGAGGGCGACGUCAAGGAACCAGAGCCCGAUGACCACCGGCCAACUGAGGCCUCGGCCCCUGAGCCCACCAGCAAGCCACACAGCCAGGACGAGGCAAAACCUGAUGAGACUGUGCCAGGGGAGCAGACCAAGGCGGAAGGGCCAACGGCAGAAAGCAACGGAGUCCCUAAGCCCACAAUAAAAACAACAGACUCCAUUCAGGAGCCAGCGCCUGCUGUUUCAGAUCAAAAGACCUCAGCUGCUCUGAAUAUGCCGUCUGCAAAGCAAGAACUGUAACACUAUUUACAGCUACUUGCAACAGAGCUGCCUGGUUCACGCAGCCUCACAUAAGGGCUGUUGGUUUUGCCGUUUAGUUGUUCCUGGUAACUGUUUUCCAAUUUAGGAGCUCAAAACUGUGGAACUCCAUUCCUCUCUUUGUACUUGUCCUCCUGUGGUCUGGUGGCUUUGAUACCCCAAGCUUGGCAUCUUAUUCAUCGUAUUCCCUGAUCUUCUCCCCUACCCUGUUGCCCCUGGUGAUAUCCAGCACCAGCGGCCAAGCCCCUCUACCAGGGUUGGCACAGUACACAGUGUUGCCCCGCACACGUUAGCCCUCGCGAAGGGCGCGAUAGACACGUAGGUCGGAGCUGCCAUCCAUUUGCCCAACAGCAAAACCCCAUGUCCACCUCAGCAGUCAUUGGAGCGGUCCAGGCUACUGACACCCAUUUCCAUCUACACUGGUUCACACCCUUAACAAGACGCCAGUCCUUUGAAGUGAAGAUAGAGUUUCUGUCAAUACUUGUAGUCAAUAUCUUUAGAAGAGGGGUAAUCUGCUGCUGUACAUAGAACAUGGAACACCACAGCACAGUACAGGCCCUUCAGCCCACAAUGUUGUGCCAACAUUUUAUCCUGCUCUAAUAUCUAGCUAACUCUUCCCUCCCAAAUAGCCCUCCAUUUUUCUAUCAUUCAUGUGGCUAUCUAAGAGUCUCUUAAAUGUCCCUAAUGUAUCUGCCCCCACAACCUCUGCAGGCAGUGCGUUCCACGCACCCACCACUCUCUGUGUAAAAAACUUACCCCUGACAUCCCCCUUAUAUCUUCCUCCAAUUCACCUUAAAAUUAUGCUCCCUUGUGUUGCUAUUUUCACCCUGGGAAAAAGUCUCUGACUGUCCAAUUGAUCUAUGCCUCUUAUCAUCUUGUACAGCUCUAUCAGGUCACCUCUCAUCCUCCUUAGCUCACUCAACCUAUGCUCAUAAGACAAGUACUGUCCCGCCUUUGUCUAGGACAUUCCAUGCUCACUGGUCAGUGUCUCUCAGCCACUUUUUUUGUCCAUUUUCUUGUUCCAUUGUUCCCCAACCUUUCACAGAAGCCUUCGAUUCUUGCUGAAGAUCUUGCUCCAGAUUCCACCAUCUGAGGUCUCCUGCAUCUCUGACUUUGUUCCUUGUCUUCUUGGCAUUCUGAAAGCCUCUGUAAGUAUUACUGAGCUGUUAUAUUGCGGGGAGCUUCGAGACCCACCCCAGUCCUGCCUUUAUCUGAUAUUUUUUCCACUGGGGGAGGGUCAUCUUGGUGAUCAAGCAGGACAGCCUUGGUAGCUCUGAACUCCUGCAAAACAUGUGGCAACUGUAGCACAAACUGCGAGGGGAAUUAGGGUCUCAGCUGGUCUUUAUUAUGCCCUGUCCAAUGCAACUACUGAUGCAGGCACAGUGAGGACAAUGAAGGACAGAGUCUUUAAAUGUUAGAUGGCCUUUUAUCUAAAAUAUUAACAGAAAAUCCUGGAAAUUGACAGCAAAUCAGGCAGCUCUGUGUUUCCGAAACUUACUCCUUGUAUUUCAGAUUUUCAGCUUCUGUAGUGUUUUUGUAUUUUUAAAUAACAGUUUGUGUUGCCAUGAAUGGAGACUGCUUAUCCUAGAGAGGCUAUGUGCUGCAACAUGCCAACAUUUUUUAUUGAUGCAAUGCCAUCUAUGUUUACAUUCCCAGAAAAUUCCUGCACUUGAUCAAUUGUGGCGAUGUUACCCACAUCCCAAUCCUACCCUGCAUAAAUGCAUGUGUACUCAGGCACAUUGACAGAGCUGCACACACAUUCUCUCUCUCUCUCUCUUUCUCACACACACACACACACACACACACAGAAUCACACAUGCACAUUCUUACUCUUACGAUAAAUACUUACACUUAAAGGUUUUAAGAUAUCCAUAGGUUGUGAACGUCAUUAUAUAAUUAAAAUUUCUCUUUCCUCCUAUAUACGUACAUGUUCACUUUCACACUCAUAUACAAAAACCUAAAUCUAUGUACACACUUAUAUGCACCAAUACACAUCCACAAUUACACCCACUCCCACUUGCACAAUCUUUUCCAGCAGGAAUUGCUCAGUAGGAGUCAGGAAGGAGAACCGAGAAUGAGGCCAACUUCCCUGGAGAGACUGGUUAACUGGGCAAUCACCAGUGAUUAACCAUUACUUCCAUCACUUGAGCCAUUGGAAAAUACAUACCAUGACACCAAGAGAGUCAAAUAUAAAACAUUAACCCUACCUCCAUCUAUUUGUAUAAAUUCAUUUCAACUACUGAGAAAUCUUCUGAGGUCGAAUUUACCCACCAAUAUAAAGGCAGCAUUAAACUCAGCCUUUUCCGAACAUCCAUGCCAAUAUCAUGCAAUCAGGCCAACUGGUGGGCAAGGACUGUAAUUCCAGAGAGGGCUGAGAUGCCUGGCUUCUAACUGCCAGAAUGGUUGGUGUUUUGGGGUUUCAGGAGCUGUAUGUUAAACCUCUCUCCUACUCCAGGACAUUUGCUAAGGAAUGUGACAGACCCGUGUUCUGCAGACUUAUAAUGGGUUCUGCAGCCCAGGGUUAUUUGCCUUGCUGAUUGAAGCCCAACAUUUACCUUAUUAAUUUAAGCCCAACACCCAGUGUUGAUGUAGACACCCAGCCAGUGUGUGUCAUGCCAGCGAAUCCUGUUACUUUUGUUUUGCUUCACUUUGUUCGGACAUGUUGGUCAGUGCUUGCUGUUGCUCAUUGUCCACAAGCUCAUCACCAGCCCUAUAUCUGACGGCGAUCUACAAUGAUGUGUCUUUCCUCACACUCGUUUAUAUAUUCCUCCAAUAAUAAGGCAGCAAAAGUAUUAUCCACAGUGGCACUGAGCCACAAAUACUGGCAAAUCUCUUUGUGUGGUUACUAGUUUGUGCUAUGUGAGUUGAUCUCUUUUUUUCAGUAGUUGGUCCCCUCCCUCAGUGUUUCUGUUCUGUGUGCCAGGAGUCCUCUAAAACAAGCAAACCGCAGUGGCUCAUGAAGAUUUUUUAUUCCCUGGGGUCCAGGUGUUAUGGAAAAAUAAAGUAGGUCACCUGAGGUUAUUGCUCUCGAUCGCUAUCCAGUACCUGGGCUUCAUUUGGGAGGUUUCGGAUGUGGAAGUCUAAGGCCUUCCACAGUUGAGGAGGGAAAGCUGGAUAUGAUAAUAUAUCAAUUUCUUUUUUAUGAUAAUAUGUAUUUUAAACUUAACCGAUGAAGUUCCAAAUAAAGUACAGUUUUGACAGAAUGCCCCUUCUGCAAAACAAUCAGACUUUGAAACCUUCAGUCACUGAGAACAUACAUCACACUCAUUGUCUCAGGAGAAUGCAGCUACAGGUAUACAUUUACUUGACCAGGUCUGCCUUGUUUCCCUUUGACGGGCCUGAAACUUGUUAUUUAUGCAUUGUACUGUUUUACAACUACUGCGUUACAGAUCAGUGCAAGCCUGACAGUAGUUUUGUCUAAAUGCCCCAAUGUGUUCAGGUGUGUAACUUGUCAAUGUUUCUGUACUGAGCUCUUGUGGAGUUUUAUUCACAAAUAAAUGAGACUUUUUUUGCCAUG